AUGGACGAAACUCCAUUACUGGUUCAUCCAGAACCCAUAACUGGCGACGAUAUGAUUUCUAUACCGGAGAUGAUGUUUGCGGCGGGGGAAGAACCGGUUGGAGUUAGAGUUCUUACUUACCAGUCCUCAAGAUCCAUUAAUCACAUACUUGAAUCGCUCGAAGACGAUGAGAUCCAGACAUUGCGGAUGUCCCCCUUUUGGAAGAUCGUGGAGAUAAGCGAAAAACCAAGUUUUUCGGGAAGAUUUGCUCGAUUCAUGCUUUCACGGCAGCUAAAGGUCGAGAAGAAACACGAGGCUUGGUUUCGGUUUGCUGGGAAACCAAUAAGGUUUUCCCUACGCGAGUUCGCAAUUGUUACGGGACUAAACUGCGGGGAGUAUCCUAAAAAAUCCAAAACCAAUUCGAAGCUGAAGAGAAAGGCAAAACCCUAUUGGCCCGAGUUAUUUGGCAGAAGCGAUGAUCUUCGGGUAACAACAGCAUUGAAAAAUCUGAGGAGAAAAACGGUAACAGAUAAAGAAGUUAGGAUUAAGUUGGCAUGUCUGGCGAUCGUGUCUUCGGUUCUACUGGCUACUAACUUGAAGAUGAAGAUGAUUAAGGAGCAUGCAGAUGCAAUGGUAGACUUGGAAGAGUUCUUUUCCUUUCCGUGGGGUCGACUAGCAUUUGAAAUGCUUAUGGGAAGUAUAAAACAACGAAACGAGGUCUCCUUAUCGACGGAUACAAUUGCUGUGAAGGGUUUUGCCUUGGCUCUGCAACUGGUUAUGGUUGAGGCUGUACCCACUCUUACGGAAGUGGUUAUGGAAAGUUACUCAUCUUCUGACUCAGACAGCUCCGACGAUGGAGAUGAUUUCAUUCUAAAGAAGAACAGACAGAAAACACUGAGCCCCGGACAUGCGCGAGAACUUGACAAAACAAAAGAUGUUGUAGUUAGAAGCAUAAUCCCUGAGGACCCGGAUAGACCCAUACUCGCUGAUACUCUUCAAUGGGCAGACGAGGUCAUGGACCAGAAAGUCGACAAUCUGUUAAGGCUUGUAAACGAAGGUUAUUCUUUCACCGCUGAGAUGUUCAAAGGAGGCGCUACAAAAGUUGACGUGGAAAGAAUGCGUGUGAUACCCGCAGAUGGGGGGAAGCGGAAGAGGAAAACCAAACCCGUGAAACAAAAAGAAACGGAGGAGGAGAAGCGUAUUGCCGCAAUUGUGCUGUCGAUGCUGCAAAGCGAGGUUGAGAGAGUCGAUGCAAAUGUUGCCAACGCCGUUUAG